AAAUUGCCAGCAUGAAGUUGAAUUCUCAUGAUGAUUGUGGAUUGAUUCUGAUGUGAACAAGUUGUGUAUGCAAUCGCUGAUUUUUAGCUCACCCCAACAUAGUAACAUCUGCUCUGUACAUUCCACCAUCAAAAAGUCUACGAAAUCAUUAAAAAGUCAACGUGGUGGCUUCUUCUGCAUUCUGACGGCCUUGUGAAUUGUUCAGGAUAAUAAACCGGCUACUAACGAGUUCUGCAAUUGAUUUGCCCAUCAACUAAAUAAAAGAUAUUCAUGGUGGAAGGAGGAAAGGCAAUUGAAUUAUUCGAGUGUGCAACUUUUGGUAGACUGGCCGAAUUUAAAACAAUAUUUGGAUCCUUAAUUUGAAAGUUAGACCCUCGAUUCGACUCGACUGACACAUUUCCAUCUUCAACCCUUUCGACAACGCUACACGCUAAAUCAUCAUGGCCCAUGUCCCUGAAGGAAUUUUAUUCGGCAUGGGAAACCCACUGCUCGAUAUUUCCGCUGUCGUGGACCCCAGUUUUCUCGAAAAGUACAAUCUGAAGCCCAACGACGCCAUUUUGGCCGCAGAUGAGCACUUACCAAUGUACGAAGACAUGGUUGCCAACUACCAAGUUGAUUACAUUGCGGGUGGUGCAACACAAAAUGCACUUCGGACCAUGCAGUGGGUUCUAAAACGUCCUAAAGCUACCACUUUCAUGGGUGGUGUUGGAACCGACAAGUUUUCUGAGGUGCUAGAAAAAGGUGCUCUAGACGACGGGGUGAACGUGCAAUAUCAAAAGAUGUCUGAACACCCCACGGGUACGUGUGCCGUUUUGGUCACUGGGAAAAACCGCAGUUUGUGUGCCUAUCUGGGUGCUGCCAAUCACUUUAAAAAGGAGCAUCUGGACAAGCCUGAGAAUUUGGCGUUGAUGGAGAAAGCCAAGUUUUACUACAUUUCCGGAUUCUUUCUAACCGUCAGCCCUGAUAGCAUACUCCAAGUGGCACAACAUGCUGCUGCUAACAAUAUGCCAUUCAUGAUGAACCUAAGUGCGCCUUUCAUAUCACAAUUUUUUACCGACCGAUUAAACUCUGUAAUGCCCUACAUUGAUGUUCUGUUUGGAAAUGAAUCCGAAGCUGAAGCAUUCUCUCAAGUUCAAAAGUUUGGAUUGACAGACGUUACUGAAAUCGCAAAGAAAAUCCUUACUCUUCCAAAGGAAAAUAAAAGCCGGCCACGCAUGGUCGUCUUUACUCAGGGCGAAGGUCCCGUAAUUGUUGCUCAGGAAAGUGGAGUAAAAACUUUUCCCAUCAUUGUUCUUCCUGUGGAAAAGAUUAUCGAUACCAAUGGUGCCGGAGAUGCCUUCGUUGGAGGGUUCUUAGCCCAAUACGUACAAGGAAAGCCUAUUGAAGAGUGUGUAAAAUGUGGAAUUUGGACGGCUACAGUAAUCAUUCAAGAGCAGGGCUGUCAUUUCCCCAAGGACAAGGAAUACUCUUCAGAUUAAAAUUGAAGCAGCUCCACCGUUGUUGAUAUUCAUUUACAAUUUGACUAAUUCAUUUUCUUUCCAAAACCAACUAUUAUUGUAAAUUCAGAACAUUUUUGUGUUCGUUUGGCAUUUGAUAUUAUGUAUGUACUAAAAGUGAACUAAUUUGAUACAUGUUCUAACAGCGUGCUCAGAAUCAGGAAUAAGGACCAAGGACCAACCAAGUUUUAGAUUAGAGAUAAUAGAUUCAAUAUGCACAAUAUUUUCUAGACAAAUUGUAAUUGCAAAAAAAAAUUGGGCGAAAUAUAAUUCCAUUUACACCGGG